AUGCUCUGGGGUACCUCCCUUCCGGAUCCCCAGGUCCUUGACCCCCAGCAUGCAAGGGGCAGGGCUGAGGAGGGACCUCUUAGGCGUUCCUCGAAGCGGUCCUGAGGAGAUAAAAGGCGUCAAAAGGGCCCCUCCACACCUGAGCUGCCGCCAAGCUCACUCAACAGGAGCCGGCGCAUUUGAGGAGGCGCCUGCGAGGGUCGCUCCUCAGCCGCCGCGACCCCACUCCACACCCCCACUCCUCGUCGCAGUGCCUCUGCCUGCCCGGAAGGUGGACGUGAAGCUCCAGCACCUCGACUUCUGGGCCAGCCUCCAUGGCCAGGUUCCGGGACUGCUGGACUGGGACAUGGGGAAUGAGCUCUUUCUGGCCUUCACCACAUCUCACCUCCCCUUAGCUGAGCAGAAACUUGCCAGGUAUAAACUCCGAAUUGUUAAGCCACCAAAAUUACCCCUAGAGAAAAAAACCAACCCUGAUAAGGAUGGUCCAGAUUAUGAGCCCAACCUGUGGAUGUGGGUAAACCCUAAUAUCGUGUAUCCCCCUGGAAAGCUGGAGGUCCCAGGACUUAUGAAGAAGGAGGAUCUGACAAGCACGCUCCCCUCCUCUCAGCCAUUCCAGAAGGAGGAAGAUGCCAGCUGCUCAGAGCCCACAGGGGCGGAAUCGCUGUCCCGGUCCUCCAGCGAGUGGUCGCCCCCUCAGAAGCGGUUUGCCUUUUCCCCCAGCAUCUGGGAGCUCACAGAAGAGGAGGAGGCUGAGGACCAGGAAGACAGCUCCUCUGUGGCUCUCCCAUCCCCUCACAAAAAGGCCCCCCUCCAGAGUCGGAGGCUUCGGCAAGCCAGCAGCCAGGCGGGGAGGCUCUGGUCCCGGCCCCCUCUCAAUUACUUCCACCUAAUUGCCCUGGCAUUAAGAAACAGUUCCCCCUGUGGCCUCAACGUGCAACAGAUCUACAGUUUCACCCGAAAGCACUUCCCCUUUUUCCGGACAGCCCCAGAAGGCUGGAAGAAUACCGUCCGUCACAAUCUCUGUUUCCGAGACAGCUUUGAGAAAGUGCCUGUCAGCAGCGUGCAGGGUGGGGCCAGCGCACGGCCUCGAUCUUGCCUAUGGAAGUUGACUGAGGAGGGACACCGCCGCUUUGAGGAGGAGGCCCGAGCCUUAGCUUCCACUCGGCUGGAAAGUAUCCAACAGUGCAUGAGCCAGCCAGGUGUGAAGCCUUGUCGUGCAUGGGCCCAAGGGGAGGAGACCUGAAGUUCCUGACCCAAAGCUGAGUGUGGAAGCCUGGGUCACACCGUGGGGGGGCAUCUUCUGUAGAAAACAGAUAAGGUGGGGUGCAGUGGCUCACGCCUGUAAUUCCACCACUUUGGGAGGCCGAGGUGGAUGGAUCACCUGAGGCCAGGAGUUUGGUAAAACGCCUGGCCAGCAUGGUAAAACUCCAUCUCUACUAAAAAUACAAAAAAUUAGCUGGGCAUGGUGGUGCACACUGUUAUUCCCAGCUACUUGGGAGGCUGAGGCAGGAGAAUUGCUUGAACCUCGCAGGUGGAGGUUGCAGUGAGCUGAGAUUGCGUCACUCCACUCCAACCUGGGCAACAGAGUGAGACUGUCUCAAAAAAAAAAAAAAAGAAAUAGAUUAGCAGUGCUCUGAGACCCUCAGGUGAUGCCUGCCUGAGAUGAGACCUCCCCCACCAGUGUGGGAGGUAAUGUGGCAGGAAUCCAUGGGCAAACAACUAAGGUGCAACUGGCCUUACCAAGCCUAGCAGACUAGACAAUAGUGAGCACACAAUGUGAGAAGUACAGUAAUAGAGGUUAUGUGCAAAGAGGACUUACACUUUCCCUGGAGCAGUGCAGGGAGGCUUCAGAGAAGAGGUGGCAUUUGAGCCAUGAGUGAGAGAAGCAGAUCACCUGCGAUGAGAGCAUCCCAGGCCUAGGAAACAGCAACUGUGAAGCAUAAACUCCUGAACUCUCUCCUUUUCUUACAGAUGUGAUGCCCUUUCUCUUUGACCUCUAACCCCAAGAAGUGAGAGCCAGCUAAUACUUUAUUAAAUUUACCCUCA